AUGGUGUCAAACCUGACGCAGUGUCAGCUGCUUGCAAGAAAAGCUAUCGCUGCCGGAGCAAAGGCUCUUUUCCUUCCUGAGGCGAGCGAUUAUCUUGCGACUUCGGCGCCGGAGUCGGUAUCUCUUUGCCAACCUGCGAGCACGUCUCCAUUCGUCCUCGGACUCCAAAAAACCGCAAAGGAGAACGCUUUGCAUAUCAAUGUCGGUAUCCAUGAACCAACGGAACCCCCUUCGGAAAGGAUCCGUAACACUGUCAUCUGGAUCAAUCAUGCAGGCGACAUAACCCAUCGGUAUCAAAAAAUACACAUGUUCGACAUUGAUCUGAGACCUGAUGGUCCCUAUAUUAAAGAGAGCAAUAGCUCCGAACCAGGCAGCGAGAUCGUCAGACCUUACGGGACUCUAAAAGAAAUGGGCAACAUCGGCAGUCUAAUCUGCUUCGAUGUGAGGUUUCCCGAACCUGCACUUGCCCUUCAUCGAAUGGGAGCGCAUGUCUUAUUGUACCCAUCGGCUUUUACUGUUCCAACAGGCAAGUUGCACUGGGAAAUCUUACUACGAUCUCGUGCUAUUGAGACCCAGAGUUGGGUCUUAGCGGCUGCACAAUGCGGACGUCAUAAUGCCAAGCGCGUCAGCUAUGGCGAUACUAUUGCCAUCGACCCAAAUGGUAAAGUCGUUGGGAGGCUUUCCCGAGUAGAGAACUUAGAGGCAGAGCAAGAGAGCUCAAGAGAACCCGAACUGCUGACCGUCGAUGUCGACCUCGAUCAAGUCACAUCAGUGAGGAAAGGUAUUCCCUUACUUCGACGGACCGAUGUUUAUCCAGAAAUCUAG